UUUGCUAAGAAGAUAGGAUCAUCUCAUCUGUCAUGUAUAUCUUCCCAAACCACGAUUUUUAAGCUGAAGAGCAGAUAGGUUAUCUCACAAGGCCCAGUAAGGCCCAUCCAUGUUCUUAAUCGUCGUAGACUGAGAGAUUAGGGUUUACCAAGUAAAAACACAAAAAAAAACAAAUCAUUUGCUGUGUUUCUGCCAUGUAUUCUUUGAUACUCCGUGGAAGAAGGUUGAAGAAAUGUAGUCUCUCGCAAAAUGAAACUGCUCUCCUCAUCACUUCCUUCUCCUCUGCUGCUCGCAAAGAUCCCAACUUUACAGUCUCUACCUACCUCGUCGAUUCACUGGGACUAACCACAAAACUCGCCGAAUCAAUCUCAAAGAAAGUCAGCUUUAACAACAACAACAACAACAAAUGUAACCCUGAUUCAGUUCUGAAUCUCUUUAGAUCUCAUGGCUUCACAGAUUCUCAAAUCUCCACCAUCAUUACAGACUACCCGCAAGUGCUUACACUAGAUGCUGACAAGUCUCUUGCUCCAAAGCUUCAAGCUUUGCAAUCAAAAGUAUCUUUCACUGAAACCAUCUCGAAAGUUCCAAAGAUCUUGUCAAAGGACAGGUCUUUAACCGUGUACUAUGACUUCGUCAAAGAGGUCAUGGAAGCGGAUAAGAAGAGGAGCUCAAAGGUGGAAGCUUUAUUAUCAUCCCCAGGGAGGGGUAAACAGGAGAAUAAACUCAGAAAUGUUUUGGCUUUGAGAGAUCUUGGUGUCCCUCAGAGGUUGCUGUUCCCUUUGCUUAUCUCUGACCUUCCACAUAUCUGUGGGAAAGAGACGUUUCAAGAGUCUCUCAAGAAGGUUCUUGAGAUGGGUUUUGACCCCACAACUCCCAAGUUUCUUGAAGCUCUGAGGGUUGUUAAGGGGUUGAACAAGGAAGCGUUGGAAGAGAAAGUGAAUGUUUAUAGACGUUUAGGGUUUGCUGUGGAUGAGAUAUGGGCGAUGUUCAAGAAGUUUCCUACUUUCUUGACACUCUCUGAGAAGAAGAUAACUCUCAACUUCGAAACCAUGAGGAAGUGUGGACUACUUGAAGAAGAGGUACGCUCCGUGGUGAAGAAGUUUCCUCAGUGCAUUGGUGUUUCAGAGAAGAAUAUACUGAACUCUGUUGAGACGUUCAUAGGGUUAGGUUUCAGCAGAGACGAUGUUGCGAUGAUGCUCAAGCGUCUCCCUCAUUGCAUUGGUUAUUCUGUGGAGACGGUUAAGAAGAAGACUGAGUUUGUUGUGAAGGAGAUGAGUUGGCCACUGAAGGCUGUGGCUUCAUACCCUCAGGUGCUUGGAUACAGCAUGGAGAAGAGGAUGGUGCCGAGGUGUAAUGUAAUCAAAGCUCUGAUCUCUAAAGGGUUGAUCAAAAGUGAACUCCCUCCGGUGUCUACUGUUUUGGUGUGUACUGAUCAGGAUUUCUUGAAAAGGUAUGUGAGGAAACAUGAUGAUGAUGAGGAGCUUGUGGCUGAGUUGAUGGGUAUUUUCAGUGGAGAGACAAGAACAGAAAAAGGAUAAAAGGUUCUGAAACUUUAAAUAUGAAUCUUAGAUAUUAAUUAGAUCUAAGUGAUGAUCCUAGGACCAAAUGGUUUUUACUUGUAAUGACUAAUGAGCUAGAGAUGAGUUUCGGUUGUAACAUUUUAUUCAAAGAUGAUUUUUAAUUUAUAUUAAACAUAUGGAAGAUAGAAACUUAAAAAGAGAGGGUGAUGCAAAAAGGGACAAGAGUGACAGACUCAGAACAACAAAGCAAAGACGCAACGUACUUUUAAAAAAAGUAGCAAAUAGUGUACUUCUUCUUCUUCUUUCAGAUUUACUCAUCAGCCUUCUCCACGGCAACUUCUGCUGGAGCUGCGGCGGCUUGGACGGCGGCUACUU